AUUCCUCUAAUCCCAUCCUUUGUGCAAUAAGCCGCUUCCGCCCCCCUGCACGAGCUUGGGCUGUGGGCGGCUGCUAGCACUGCCCUGGGAAUGCAGCCCCCGGAGACUCCCGCUCGCUCACCGAGCCCAGCGCUGACACUCACAGGGACCUUCGUCCACAGGAUCUUCUUAGCUGCUCUACCGCGAUUCUGAACCAAUUUGGCAGCGUUUUAAAAAAGGUAGCAAAGCCGAGAAGCGUUUCUUUUUCAUUCUUUCGUCCUGUGUCUUUUUAUUUUCCAACAAUAACCUGUCGUUCGUUUGUCUGUGUAGGAUCUAAGAAUCUUUACUGUGCAUAACCUAGGAAUUUCAAAUAGGCUUCCCAAAAUUUAAAUGCCCCCCCACCUCAACAAUUGGUAAGCAAGAUUUCAGAGUCUUCCAAAAUAGCCCUUUUCAUCUUAUGUAAUUAAAGACCCACGAGCUUUCAAAGAAGCUCUGGAUUUUCCACAGUGCACCACAAUCCCCCCCCCCCAUUUCUCUCUCUCUCUCUCUCUCUCUCUCUCUCUCUCUCUCUCUCUCUCUCUCGUGCGCGCGUGUAUGUGCGCGCGCGUGUUCGUGCGUUCUCUUUCAUUUCUACCAUUAGGAAACUCGUUCAGGGCCACUGAAAAGUCAGGAGAGGCUCAGAUCUUAUUCCUCAUGGAUUCCUGCCUUUCCAGAAACGCUGCCAUCAAAUAAGUAUGAAGAUAUUAUUUUGGAGAAACAAUCACUCCCCUACCAAAAAAUAAAGCGCGAGAGGGGGAAAAAAAGGCGAGGCUGGAAGACAAGGAAGCAGCUUGGGUUCGCUGGUGGAGGAAAGUGCGAUCUGGGGUCAGGCUGGGGGUUCCAGUCCCUUACUUCAGCACCGGAGGGGAUGGACAGCGUCUCCGGACUGGGCUGCAGCUACAGGGACCAAACUGCGCUGCUGCUGCAGCCGCCUCCGCUGUCCUUGCCGCCACUGUCGUCGCCACGGGCAGCUGAGCACCCUGCUCCUCGCAGCUAAAAGGCGGUGCCUCCUAAUACCCCCCUGCCUCCCUGUCCCUUUCCUUGAUGGACGAAAAAUAACCCUCCCUACUCUACUGCUACACCUAGGGAGAGGGCUCUGAGGAGUACUCAGGCUCCACAGUUAAACUCUCAGCCACAACUUCAGGAAUAAUUUUUCUGUAGGGGAGGUAGAAGGAAUGCAGGCUGAAGAGUGAAGUUCAAGUUCUUAGAAGCACUGAGAAAUCAUGGGCACUGCAGUAGGGGCUGAAAUACUCAAAGGCCCACAGUUCAUGAAAUAAGCAGGAUGUUCCUGAGCGGAUCGUAACUCUUUUGGAAAUAGCUUUGUGAGAGGAGGCUGGAGAUCUACUCAAAACCUCACGUUAGAGAAACUGAAGACACAUCUAUUUCCGCUACUUAGCAGACUGCUCUCCAGAAUGUUGAGAUUGCCAAAGAAGUGACCACAACAAAGGAAAAUAUUGCUCUACCUAUAUUCAAGUUUUUCUAUAUGUUCAUUCUGCCUCAAUAAAGCAUUCUCCACAUGAAACCCUCAUCCCUCCUUAGUGAGACACAUCUCGGGCUUCUGUGCGAAGAUCACAUCCUUUGCGGUGCCAUAGCACAUGGAUUUCAGAACCGCCUGUGAGGAGACAAAAACAGGGAUUUGUUUGCUGCAGGAUGGUAAUCAGGAGCCUUUCAAAGUCCGGCUGCACCUAGCCAAAGAUAUUCUGAUCAUCCAGGAGCAGGAUGUGAUUUGUGUGUCUGGUGAGCCUUUCUAUUCUGGUGAAAGAACGGUGACCAUCAGAAGACAAACAGUGGGAGGAUUUGGAUUAAGCAUAAAGGGAGGAGCAGAGCAUAACAUUCCAGUUGUCAUUUCAAAAAUCUCCAAGGAGCAAAGAGCUGAACUUUCAGGACUACUCUUUAUUGGGGAUGCAAUUCUACAGAUAAAUGGGAUUAAUGUGAGAAAAUGCAGACACGAAGAAGUGGUUCAGGUUCUUCGAAAUGCUGGAGAAGAAGUGACUCUAACUGUUUCAUUUUUAAAAAGAGCACCCGCCUUCCUUAAACUCCCAUUGAAUGAAGACUGUGCAUGUGCUCCAAGUGACCAGAGCAGUGGUACCUCUUCUCCUCUUUGUGACAGUGGCUUGCAUCUCAACUAUCAUCCGAACAAUACAGACACCCUAUCAUGUUCCUCAUGGCCAACAUCUCCAGGCUUGAGAUGGGAGAAGCGAUGGUGUGACCUCAGACUGAUCCCUCUGCUUCACUCCCGCUUGUCCCAAUAUGUUCCCGGCACAGAUUUGACUCGGCAGAAUGCCUUUCAAGUCAUUGCUGUGGACGGGGUAUGCAGUGGAAUUAUUCAGUGCCUCUCAGCCGAGGAAUCUGUUGACUGGCUACAAGCAAUAGCAACGAAUAUUUCAAACCUCACAAAGCACAAUAUUAAAAAAAUCAACAGAAAUUUUCCUGUAAACCAGCAGAUUGUCUACAUGGGCUGGUGUGAAGCACGGGAGCAGGACCCACUCCAAGACCGUGUGUACUCCCCGACUUUUCUAGCUCUGAGGGGCUCAUGUCUGUACAAGUUUCCAGCACCUCCGGUGACUACCUGGGACUGGACUCGAGCAGAGAAAACAUUCUCAGUUUAUGAGAUUAUGUGCAAGGUUCUCAAGGACAGUGACCUGCUGGACCGGCGGAAACAUUGCUUCACUGUGCAGUCUGAGUCUGGGGAAGACCUCUACUUCUCCGUGGAGUUAGAGUGUGACCUUGCCCAGUGGGAAAGAGCCUUCCAAACGGCCACCUUUCUAGAAGUAGAACGGAUACAGUGCAAGACGUAUGCCUGUGUCCUAGAAAGUCAUCUAAUGGGCCUCACCAUUGACUUUAGCACAGGAUUUAUCUGCUUUGAUGCUGCAACAAAGGCUGUACUUUGGAGGUAUAAAUUUUCUCAGCUUAAAGGUUCUUCAGAUGAUGGAAAGAGCAAAAUCAAAUUUUUGUUUCAGAAUCCAGAUACUAAACAGAUUGAAGCAAAGGAGCUGGAAUUUUCAAAUUUAUUUGCUGUUCUUCACUGCAUUCAUUCAUUCUUUGCUGCCAAAGUAGCUUGUUUGGACCCUCUAUUUUUAGGCAAUCAGGCUACUGCUUCUGCUGCUGCCAGCUCUGCUACUACAAGCAAAGCAAAGUACACAACUUGACAUACUGAUUUCCAAACUGACAGUUACCCCAACUAGAUAAACAGACUAAACAUAUUCAUCAUUUUACUCCCUGGAGAGACCAUGAUAUCACCAAGUCAACAAUGGAAUCAGAUUGAAGUUUCAGCAGAAAAAAAAAGAUGGUCAUGACUCAUCUCAAAUGCAUUUCUAUUCUGGAAGGCAUGUGUAAGUAAUCCUAGAUGAACAAGACAGCCUGCUCUCACUUGGUUGAUGUGUAUCCACAUACUGCUUUCACCAAAUGUGAAGAUCAAGAAAUGAAUGGUAUGAAGAUGUAUGUAAAUAAUAUAAAAAAGUUGUAAGCUACCUAUAAAUAAAAAUAACAAUUAAAUGGUUAUUUCUGUAUUUUAGAUUAUUUUGUAUGACAAAUACAUAUUGGGCCAGAUCAUGAACCCCUUGCCCUGUCAUUGUAUUAUGAGUGUAAAGAGGCUAAAAAACAAAAAUGACAGCAAGGAGCAUGCAAAAAAAAAAAAAAAUCAUCAAAGAGAGAAGCACUUUAAUUUGCUAAUGUAAAUUUCUCCUUGUAUUCUCCCUCCACGAUUCUGCACUGGCACUCUGAUUUUCUUUAUCUUGUUGUAAAAUACCCUCAAGAACUGCAUAAGGAUAAUUACAUUGACCUAUGACGGGCACAAUGUGAAAUGAACUGUGUCUCCCUCGAAUCAAUGUUAUUGAAAAUGUUUUAUAAAUUUGCCAGUAUCCACCAAAUAUGCCAAAAUGUAUUAAUUUGAUUAUGUAUGAUGAAAACAUUUGUGAAUCUCUUUGUUCGUUCCUUCAUUUUAAACAGAUUUAUAUUUUACCUAAGGAGAUUUAUUAUCAAAUUACAGUUUCAUAAAUUUUCAGUGACCCUAAGAACUUUUGUAGAGAAAAUAAUGUCAACAAAUAUGAUGUAAGAGAAAUUCUUUGUAACCCUAACUCUACCAAUCAUGGACUGAAAAAAAUCCUUACAAAGCAGUCUCAAAGCUAUUAACUAUGUUAGCUAUACAAUAGUUUUCCAUUGGAGCAAUAUUUUAUGAGAACAUAAGGUGAGAUUUGAAAAUUAAAUUUAAAAUUUAUAUCUAUGUCAUGAAAUUACGCAGGUUAUUUUGGUUGUCUUGUUUUAGAAUUUUAAAAGUGCAGAGCUGAAAAUUUGAAAGCAUUGGAGGUACACACCCACAACUCAAGAGUCCAGUUGUGGAAAGUGAAAAACACUCCCUGUCCUUCACUAUAGCUUUAUUGACGCCUGCUUUUAAACUAUAAGCUGCUUAUUUGAUAGUUAAAAAUUAAAUUUUUAAUUAACACACCUGUACCCUAUGAAACACUUAAUGUUUCCUCUUAAAAUUACCAAGCAUCUAAAAAAAUGGUUUACUUUUCUUUUUUUUUAUUUUUAAUAGGAGAAAAUGUGUCACUCAGGAAUGAGACAAACAAUUGUUUAAAGGACAAACAUCCAUUGAAUUAAAAAAAGUCAUCACUGUUUUCAGUGUCAUUAGAAAUUUAUUAAUUAACUUUGUAUCUGAUAAUUCUUAAAUAUAUUAAAUGGAAAAGAAAAAGUGAAGGUGGAUAAUUGGAUAUGAGAAAAAGUUAACUUAGAUCUAAGAUACUUUAUCAAAAGAACUGUGAUAAAUAUAAUAAUGUCUUAAUAGAAUUUAUUUUGACCAUAAAACUGAAUUAAUAUCUACAAUGAGGAUAGCACAUUGGAUUUACUGCUCAUAUAUUGAUCAAAUACAAUAGGCAUAAUAAAAUUUGAAGCCCGGGGAAAAGUAGAGAGAAGUGUCCACCUUCAGAUUCUAAGCAGUGGCAGAUGGCUCACAAUAGAACUUCUGCUACUAACUAGAAUUAAAUUGCAAUAUGCCUCAUAUUGAGGUGACCCCAGUGUGCCCACAGCAGGAAGAUCAGGUGUUGAUUCCACAGGAAAUGUGCUGGUCAUCUAAAAAGAAAAAUAAGAAAAGCAAAUUUUUAAACUUUAUAUGAGUUAUAGAAUAAGUAAGAAUCAUUUCAAAUUUUUAUAAAAAUCCCAUUUUAAAAUGCAAAAAAAUAAGUAAAUAUCCUUUGUUGUGUCAGGAAAAUCUAUCUCGUGCUCAUAUAGAUGAUGAUAGGCAAGUUGUACACUGAAAUAUAUAGGAGUUUUGUCUUUGUCCACCAUUAGCACACAUGCACACACAUAUAUCUGUGUAUAUGUGUGUGCAUAUGUAUACAUAUAUACGAGAUAAAAUGCUGACCACAAAUUAAAUUAAAAGCAUAUGUUUAGUAUAUAUUGACUUAAUAUGCUUUAAGUCACAUUGUAAAUUGUACUUUGAAUUAAAAUUUAUCCCAUAUCUUUAUUGUUGUUAGUUUUGACACUAUUAAUAAAAAAACAGGCCUAAAUUGCCAUUUAAUAUGAAUAAUCAUGAAAUAACCACCAAUAAGAAAAUACUAUUCUGAUUUUCAUUAAUUUGGCAAUUGGUAUUUCAUGUUUUAUUUUCAGUGUGAUUAACUAUUGUUAUUUAUUAUGACUUGGACAACUUGACUGAGAAAGCUGAACAAAAAUACAAAUUUCUAUGUCUCAUGAAAUUUAGGCUUAGAUGCAUGAGAUUCAUUUAUAACACCUGGUUUGUACAUUGGCCAAAUUUUAACAAUAGAAGGCUUCAUUAUGUGUGAACCCCUCCAGUGCCUUGGUAUAUGUAGGUAUGUUUGUAUGUGCACGUGUGUUAUGGGCUCCAGUGUGGGUGUGUGCGUGUUCAGGGUAAUCUUUAAAUGGUUCAUUGCAGUGUACGACGUAGUAUGAGCUUAAAGGAGACUAUUACAGGUGCAUAGGUCAAAGAAGGGAGUUCAAAAUCAUUUGAAAAUCGUUAACUAAAAUAAUAAUGUCUUAUGCCUGAUGAAAAAAUAACCAAUCAGAUCAUUAAAUCAGGUAUGCUUUAAAUUUGUUAUAUUGGAACAAGUAUUUAUUUUAAAAUAUUAUAAGAGAUAAUAUAAACGUAAAGUCUUCCCCAAUACUUGCCACAAUGUUUUUAUUUCCAUUCAACCUUAGUUUUAAAGGGAGAACAUUCAGCUAGGCAUUUCUUCCCCAUAUUUCAGGCAUGUGCCAACUUCUUGUUUUAAAAUCUUCACUCAUAAAACUGUCAUUCAGCAAGACAAAACUCAUUUCCUUGGCAACAAAGGCCAGGUCCAUAUUAGCAAGCAGAGAGAGCAUCUUCAUGCAAGCGGAGCAAUUUUCCUUUGGGUGCAUUAGUUUAUGGAUCCACAUUUCUCUCAUUUACAGUGACAAAGCUUGUUCAUAAACUUUGUCUCUGUUGAAUGCUGGAUGUAAGGGAAGCCUGAUUUAUUAUGGAGGAAAAGUAAUAAUCCUAACAAUAAUUUAGAAUUACUGCUAGAAAUCAGCAGUGUGUGAGAAGCUUUAAAAGCACAAGGACAAUCUUGUGCUUAACUUUUUAAGGUAAGUGUCGAUGUUCCAGUAUUAAGAAUAAACAUUUUUGCUACUAUUAAUAAUGCUGUAUUCAUGAGCUCUCCUUAAGGAAUCGCUUUAUCCAUACCUCUAAAAUUGAUGUUUAUGAUUUAUUCUUAUUACCUACUACUUUAAAAUCAUCAUGUCACUUCUUUGCACAUUAUAAUUUACUUUUAAAGAUAAAUAAAAUAUUAUAAAUAUUAUAUAUUUUAUACAUAUCAAAAUG